GUGACCGUUACAGCCAUGGCGGCCGCUCUCCUCCUCAGGCCGUGGCCGCUUCUCGCUUUGCUCUCCUCGGUCUGCAGCCUGCGGGAGGCCGAGGUCUUCGAGGCGGCCUCGGCUCUGUCGGGGUUCGAGUUCGCCUCGGCGGGCGGCCCGGGCAACAACGGCAGCCGGCGGGACCGCCAGCUGCCGGUCUUGCUGUGGUGGAGCGAGCAGCUGUUCCCGCAUUUCCCCGGCAGGACGGAGCGGGUGGACUGCGGCUCGGCCUCCUGCCUGGUCACCCGCAGCAAGAGGGCCCUCCGGCACCGCCGCACCGCCGCCGUCAUCUUCUACGGCACCGACUUCAGGGCCUACGAGGCUCCGCUGCCCCGGCUCCCCCACCAGACCUGGGCCCUCUUCCACGAGGAGUCGCCCAUGAACAACUACCUCCUGUCGCAGGGCCCCGCCAUCCGCCUCUUCAACUACACGGCCACCUUCCGCCGUCACUCCGACUACCCGCUCCCCCUGCAGUGGCUGCCCGCGCCCGCCUACCUGCAGCGGCCUCCCGCGCUCCCCCUCGGCCACAAGAACCACCUCCGCAGCCUCGGCCUCGCCCCCGUCCUCUACCUGCAGUCCCACUGCCAGGUGGCCUCCGACCGGGACCGCUAUGUCCGUCAGCUCAUGGAGCACCUGCAGAUUGAUUCUUAUGGCCAGUGUCUACAGAACAAAGACCUGCCUAGUGAUCGACUGGUGGACACACUAACAGCCACAACCGAAGAUGCAGAGUUCAUGGAUUUCAUAAGCAAGUACAAGUUUCACCUUGCCAUGGAGAACGCAAUCUGCGAUGAUUAUAUGACUGAGAAACUGUGGCGCCCCAUGCACUUGGGAGCUGUGCCAAUAUACCGUGGAUCCCCAGUGGUGCAGGACUGGAUGCCCAAUCCACACUCUAUAAUUCUGAUUGACAGCUUUGAAUCUCCAAAGGACUUGGCGGACUUCAUCAAUUAUCUCGAUCAGAAUGACGAAGAAUAUCUGAAGUAUCUAGAGUACAAAGAACCAGGUGGUAUCACCAACACUUUGCUGCUGGAGAGUUUAGAAAAGAGGGACUGGGGCGUGAAUGACAUUAGCAAGCCGAAUUAUUUGAAUGGGUUUGAGUGCUUCGUUUGUGAUAAGGAGAAUGAGAGACUGCGGGCAGAGGAGGCUCACCGACUGCAGCCAUCUAAGUUUCAGCCCCCAGCCCCUAGGAUAGCUGCUUACAAUCACAUGGGCUGCCCGCUGCCAGUCCCUGGGUAUGGAAACUUUGAUGAGAUUCCUGAAGAUGACAGUUGGAAACAAAUGUGGCAACAAGAUUACUGGCAGAGCCUCGAUCAGGCUGAAGCACUGACCACUAUGAUUCACCGAAAUGAGACCGACCCAAGUAAACUGUGGGAUUAUGUUCAUCAACUAAUGACAAAGAGGAGCAAACACUAAUGUUGGGACUGAAGACAUCUGUGACUGCUGCUUGAUUAUUGGCUGCUGGAUAAACACUACUAUCACUGGUCUGGAAUUUUGUGAAUCCAAUUAUCAUGAACUUUAUGGACCCUUUUAUACAUAGAUAUAUUUUUAUUGAAAACAAGUUCUUACAACUUUUAUACUUUUUAAAAGCUCUUUUCAUAUUUAUCCUGCUAAAAUUUCCCCAAAAAUAGAUAGUUUUCUUUUGUUUGGGAGGGACAGGGAAAGAAGCAUUCAAACUGAAUAAAUUAGUAAGCAAUUUGGAAAUCCAGUGGUCUUGCACGCACUAUAUUUCCAUUGUGUUAAAAAUGGUGCUACUUAGAAGGUUUGAAACUUGUUUCACCUUUUGAGAGAUGUUUGGUUUGGGUCUGAAGUUUGAAGGUGCUGUCGCCAAUCUGUGCAAAUUUUUCCCUCACGAAAUUUGUGUGGGAUAGAGGCCAGUGAUGCUGCAAAUAUGGGCUCCUCUCUCUAAUUUCUCUCCAGCUGCAAUCUGUACAGUCUUUAAAUUACACUGCAUAUUUCAGCACCACAGUUUAUAUCAAAUUUGACUUUUUAACCUCUAACCCUUUCAAUCUGGUUAACACCUUCUGUUUUAAAGGACUUCACAUGAGCACUACAGCACAGUAACAGGCCAUUUGUCCCAACAGAUUAUGCUCCACAUAAGCCCCUAUAUGCCCUGUCAAUAUAACCUUCUAUUUCUUUCUCCUUCAUGUACUUAUUUAACUUCCCCUUAAGUGCAACUAUGCUAUUUACCCCUUGGUUACAUUUGCCUCAGGGUUCUUGCCACCCUCUGGGCAAAGAAGCUUCUCCUGAAUUACCUAUUGGAUUUAUUGGUGACUAUCUUAUAUUCAUGGCCCCUAGUUCUGAACUGCCAAAAAUGGAACAAUCUUCUCUACAUUACAUUGUCAAGCCCCUUCAAGUCACUUCUCACUCUUCUCUGUCUUAGAAAAACAAGGCCCCAACGUGUUCAGCCUUUCCUGAUAUUUGUACCCUCAGUUUUGGUAUAUUACUGAUGAAUCUUUUUUGGCAUUUGCUCCACUGCUUCACUAUCCCAGUUGCAAUAAGGAAAUCAGAUCUGUACACAGUAGCCCAACAUGGCUAACCAAAGUUUUAUAUAAGUUUAACAUAACAACAUAACUUUUGAAUUCUUUUCCAGUAGCCGAUCUGUACUGCCCUUUCCACAUGGAGUUCAGACCAAGUGUAAUCCUCGGUUGCAGUAUUUAGAGUUUGAAAGGAUAAUUAAGCCAUGACAUGCAGAUGUAAUUUAGUCCUCAUUUGAAAUCGGUGCUUUCUAUAAUUUUAUUUUUUAAUACGUAUUUUUGAUGUCUGCAUUUAUAAUAGAGAUGGCCUGUGUAAACCUAUCACACUGUUGCAAGUGUGUAUUUAUAGUAUGAAGCAGUUUCCAAUUUAAAUGGGGCAUAGAAAUUUAUAAUAUAGGAGAGUUUUUUUUAAUAUAUUGCAGAUUGGAAAAUUGAUAUUCACACAAUGUAAUUUCAAAGCAGAAGGGUUUCCAGUCCUGAAAUGCACUGCUUAAUGGUGUUAUCAUGCCAGGGAAAAACUAUCACCUGGAAGGAAGGUGUGACAAGGAGGAAGAAGAAGCUAUAAAAAACAUGUUCACAAAGAUGUUCUUGAGGCAUGCUGUCUGUAUUGGUACCUUGGGAGCCGCCAUUGUAGGCCUUCUUGAAGAUUCAUUAUGUGCCAACUUGGAAAUGCUUCCUCUGUCUUUUCAAGGUUACUCAAUCGUUUAUCAUUUGGUCACUGGGGGUAUAGUGCUUCAGGCUUCCUUGUACACUUCUCAGUGAUUGACAGUGUCGAUGUUGGAGCAAGGUUAAUUGGUGCCUGAGGGAGACCUAAGAUCCACUUGAAAACUGUCAGUAGUUCAAUUUAUCUCAGGUUUUCAGUCAUUUCCCAAGGUUUAUGAAAUAUGAAUCUUGCAGUUGAGUUUUAAUUUUUUAUUAACCCCAUAAAUCAAAAAAGCUAGUUAUGGCGUACUGUGAUUUUUGGCUACUUUUUACAAAAUACAAACAGUUUAUGGUACAGGCAUAACCAAGAAAAGUAGUGAGAGAAUAGUAAGAAGAUUAAGAUGAUUUAAGAUGUAACUCUUCUAUGGAUAGAGGAAGAUCUUAAGUCACUGAAGAAAGCCACAGUUUGACAUGAGCAUAGUGUCAAAUGUAUAGCACAUGAUUGACCUGGCCCUUGUGAAAUAUUUUCUGGGUUCCGGGUUCAAGUCUCACUUCAGAACUCGAUGGCCACGGAAAGCGUGUUCAUAAUGUGGCCAAACAGGUUGAUUAUCGGCAGUAAAUCCAUCAAAUGUGCCGGAUGGCAGGUGGCAAGAGUGAGAGAGUUUCCUGAUACUGCAGAAGGGAAUGGCGAACUACUGCAUUACUUUGCCAAGUGUAAUCACGGACCAAUCCAAUGGAGGUCCAUGGUCUCUUAGGGCAUGGUAGCUGAAGGAGGAGGAGAGCAUCACUAGAAACAAUCUGUCAUCAAAUUAGCAGUACAGCCUCUUCCAUUUAAAACAUCUGUUUUUCUUUCAUUUGUAUAUAAAUUCCACAAUGGGAAAAAUAGUGGAGUAAGCAUGUUACCCGCCUAUAGGGCAGGCAUCAGGUUAUUGGGUUACUCAUGGAGUAAACCGCUGAUCCUCCUCCUUUUCCCCAUAUGCCUCUCAAGUGUUGGUGGAUCAUGACACAAUUAUUGAUUAUAACACAUUGUACUACACAUCAGUAAGGUUUAACUAGUUCCAGAUCAUACUGAUUACAGAAUGUGUUGCCCUGCCCAAAAAAGUUCAUUGUUGAAUGUCUUUUUAGUAUUCACCACUAUACUGCUCAAGUAAAUCUUUUUAUAAUACAAUAACUCAGCUGUUCAUUAUUACUGUUAAUUUUACACUUUGAUCCUUGUAGGACGAAAUUCUUUCCUGUUUGGUUUUAUUUUAUACACUAGUGGCUUUAAGUUCCUGCCAAUGCCCCAUACAACGAGGAUAGUCAAUCUGAUGAAUGAUUGACAUGUUAAAACUUUGGGUGAAUUAUUGUGAAUCGAUGAGAGGGGAAUUAUUUCCCCUAACUGGCUGGGUGCAGUACUAACAAUUAUAAAAUUAAAGGGGGAGGCACUGGUAUAGUGGUAUUGUCACUGGACUGGUAACAAAUAGAAAAAAGUGAAGUGCCCUCAUAGAAUCGUCCUGCACAAAAGGAGGCCUUUCGGCCCAUCAUGUCUGUGCCAGCUAGCUGUUUUUGCAGAGGUGGAUGACAAUCUGGUUGCAUUUUAUAAAUUGUGAUACAGACAGUAUUGAACAUUUUGCACAAAUAUAGAAGUACAGAAUUAUUGCAUUAAGUCAGACAGACUAUGACAUGUCAGACAAGUGUCCUGUUAAUUUAUUUUGUCUUUUUUUCCGUUCUUUUCACUUUAAUUUUAUGCAUUACUGAUGUAUUAAAAGCUUCUUCUGAGGAGCUUGUUCUGGAAAUGUCUUGGAAUAUAGGUUGACAUUAUUAAAAAGAGAGUCUUGUCCUCAGUGACUGAGGACUUGCUGUUAUUUCUUGAUCUUGUAUAAGCUAAAAGGAAGAAGUUAUUCUCCAAACAUAGUGUAUUUAAAGUCAAUAAAAAUAUGAAAAAUAAACUUUUUG